AUGCCUCUCGAAAAACACGAGUACCUGUCCAACGUAUGGAAGGACGGCCUGUUCGCCGGCAAAGUGGUCUUCUGCACGGGCGGCAAUGGCUCCAUCUGCUCAGCCCAGGUCCGGGCCCUCGUCCACCUGGGCGCCGACGCCUGUAUCGUGGGCCGCAAUGUAGAAAAGACGGAGAGGGUGGCCAAGGACAUAGCAACGGCGCGCCCGGGGAGCCGAGUGCUGGGAAUCGGGGCCGUGGACGUCCGCAGUGUUGAGAGUCUGCAACAGGCGAUCGACACAUGCGUCAGGGAACUGGGCGGGAUUGAUUUCCUCAUUGCCGGCGCAGCAGGCAACUUCCUGGCGCCUCUCGCGCAACUGUCGCCCAACGCGUUCAAAAGCGUCAUCGACAUCGACGUGCUUGGCUCUUACAACGUCACCAAACUGGCCCUGCCGCACCUGGUGGCAUCGGCGAAGAAACAUAACUCGAAGUCUUCCCUUCCCAAACAUGCCACUGCCGGCCCCAGCGGCCGCAUCGUCUACAUCUCCGCCACGAUCCACUACACCGGUCUCCCGCUACAAACGCACGUCGCGGUGGCCAAGGCCGGCGUGGACGCCCUCUCAAACAACGUGGCCAUCGAAUACGGUCCCUUAGGCGUCACAUCCAACGUCAUUGCACCAGGGCCCAUCGGCGGCACCGAAGGCAUGGAUCGACUGGCGAAGCAGCCCGAGCCGGGCUCGUACCCUGGCAAAGGCAUCCCGCUCGACCGGUGGGGUCAGAUCAAAGAGAUUGCUGAUGCCACGGUCUACUUGUUCAGUGAUGCCGCCAACUUUGUCACUGCCCAGACGCUGGUCGUCGACGGCGGCGCAUGGCGCACCUAUGGCGGCGGUCCCGGCCAGGGCUUCGACUAUCCCGACUUCAUCCUCUCUGGGGCCGAGGUCACUGGUGUCGGGGGGUCCAAGAAGAAGCGGCCGAGUUCGAAGUUGUGA